AUGGGCACUAUUGGAGGAGAAAAAGUAUUGACGGGAUGGGCUAUAGCUAAAGGAAUGGGAAUGAAAAUUUCACGAACUUCAGAGCUAGAAAAGACAAUGGUAGAAGAGUUAGAAGAAGAGCCAUUCCAACCAUUGAUAUCACCCAGUCAAAGUGCUGUACCAGGUUGGAUGUCAAGUGCCACCCAUUCCCUUCCUCGGGCUAGCAUCGUUGCAGGUCCUGCUCACAUUCAUACUCCAAAUUCUGGAAUGACUUCUCAAGCAGCUGGUUUUGGAUUCCAAUCUCAACCAGAUGGUUCUUCAAUAAGACCACUAUUCACCCAUAUUAAUGAACAUGAGUAG